UUUCUUCAUUGGAUUUUUUUAGGCUUUUGUUUGUGAUAUUUUUACGAUGGCUUGCAGCUGAUGCAUUGCUUUUGUUACAAGGAAUGAUAUUUGUUUAUAUAUUCAUAGUAGAAUUGGAUAGAUUUACGAGAAAUGUUGCUUCAAGAUGCCAGAAGUUGUCAGACAAGUGGAGUGGCAUCACAUGAACAAGUGGAAAUACUUCGUCUACAACAGCGGAUUUAUGUUUUCACUAGAAGCUGUGCUAUACCCAGCGGUUGUAGUCCGAACUCGACUUCAAGUCCAACGCACAAACAAACCCUAUAAAAACACGUGGGACGCUUUUGCAAAGAUUACAAAAUUUGAAGGAAUUAGAGGACUUUAUCGGGGAUUUCUUGUUGGUCAACUUGGGAUUAUUACAGGAGGUGUGUAUUUUACGACGUAUGAAGUUACGAGGAAGAAAUUGUCUUCGUUAGAUGAGGCUUCGCGUGGAUUUGUAGCAGGCUUUAUUGCUGCAGUUAUAGAGCAGUGCGUUGGUAAUCCCCUCCAAGUUGUGACUCAGAAAAGGAUGCUUGAAGGACAGACACCAAGCCAAACAAAGCUGAGAGGGGCAGGAAGGAUUGCAUUGGACGUGUAUGAGAAACAUGGUCCCAAGGGACUAUAUAGAGGGUUCCUGGCAUCACUCUUUGCUAUGGGCCUAGAUAGUGCCCUUUGGUGGGGCUGGUAUGGUGUGUUCUUGGAGGCUGUAGGUCAUUAUGUCCCUGAAGGGACUUCUCAUAUUGCCGUUCAGGCUACUGCAGGGGCAUUAUCUGGAUUUGCCACCACAAUGAUUGGGAACCCAUUGGAUGUGAUUAAAACAAGAAUACAGGUUGAAGGCCGAAGAUCAAUAAAGAAAGUCCUCUUUGAAUUAUUGAGGAAGGAAGGAGCCUUAGCCUUGACCAAAGGGAUGUUACCUAAUCUAGCAAUAUCUGUACCUACUAGUGUGUGUGUGAUAUGUGGUUAUGAGACUGUUAAAUGGUUAAGCCUCAAAGAUGAAAUGGUUCAAUAUUACCAAUAAAGGCAGGGAUGAAAACUAUUAUGCAA